AUGGAGCCGCCGGAGCGAUCGCCGUGGCUGCUGCUGUCCCCGCCAGAGGGCUGCCUGUGGCCCAGCGGCGGGCCGCCCACGACCUCCGUGCUGCUGCAGGCGCGCGGGGCGGAUGGGGCGCCCGGAUGUGGCAGUGCCGCGGUGUUUCGCGCCGUCGCGUUCAGCGGCGACGGGCGCACGUGCGCUGUGGUGGACGGCGAGGGCGGCCUCGUCCUGAUACACCUGGAGCAGAACCGCUUCGCGCGGUGCCCCGCGGUCGCUGGUGCCUCGUGCGCCGCGGCGGCUGCGGCGGGCUCGCCGGCUGCGCUCUGCUUUGCGCGCCGCCACCCAGCCGAGGCCGUGCUGCUCGGGGAGGAGAGCAGCGUGCGCGUGUUCGAUGUGGAGACAGGCCGCCCGGCCGCGCUCCUCGGCGGGCACCGCGGCUGGGUCCGGGCUGCCUGCGCGUCGGGGCCGCAGGCGCUGCUGGUGCUGACGCAGAGCGCGGACCUCACGAUUCUGUGGGACUCGGCCGGCUGGACCAGGCUGCGCUCGAUGCAGGCCGUCGCGGAGCCCGCGCGCGGCGCGUCGUUCAGCCUCUGUGGCCAGCUCUGCGGCGUGCUCUUCGGCGGGUCGCGCGUGGCGAUCUGGCGCUCCAGCGGGUUCGAGUUCGAGCGUGAGGUGGUGGCGCUGGACUCGCCAGGGCUGCAGGACACGGACCUGCGCCACUUCGCGCUGGGGGGACGGCACGUGGUCGCCGGGGGCUCCACGCUGCUGGGCGGGGGGCGCCUGGUGAUGUGGCACCUCGACGAAGCCGGGCCUCCGAGGAGGUCCACGAGCUCGACCUGCCCGCAUCCCGGGUGCAGCUCGGGGCCGGCGGCGCCGCGGCGCCGCGGCAGCGGGCCGUGUUCGUGUUGCUGGACAGCGGGCCCCUCCUGGCGCUGGACUUCGAGGAACUGCGGCCACUGUGGACCGUGGACCCCGCGCCGGGCUGCGUCCUGUCUUUCGAGGUGGACCGCGCGUCGGGCCGCCUUCUGUUUUCCGCCUCCGACGGCCGCCUGGAGUUGCGCGGGCCGCACCUGGGCUGCGGCGCCGCUGGCGCGGCAGGAGCCCCAGGGCGGACCACCCCGAGGAGUGGCCCGCUGCAGCCCCAGAGCUCUCGGGGCCCACUUGCGGCGCUCGCGAGCCCGUCGGCGGGGCGAACGGCGGCGUGCGUCGGCCCCUGGCUGCGAGACUACGCGGUCGAGUCAGCCGGCGAGUACCGCGGCAGAGUUCAGGCGCUACUGCGCAGCGGCGGCUGCCCUGCGGAGCUGCGCGCGGAGGUCUGGCGGGACCUGCUGCGGCCCAGGGCCCGGGACGCCCGGUCCUACGAGGAGCUGGCGGCGGCUGGCGUCCACCCGGCGUUCCGCGACCUCGGGCAGCGGUACCCUGGCCACAGACGGUCCACGCUGCGGCAGCUGGCGAGCCUGCUGUCAGCCCUGGCCCACUGGGAGCCAGCUUGGGCAGAGGCGCCGUUCCUGCCGGGACUGGCCUUCCCGUUCCUGCAGGUCUUCAGAGACGACCCCGUGA